UUAACCAACAACAACAGCAAUAACAACAACAACAACACAAAUGUUGUGCGACCCGCAGAUCUAUUGCCCAACAGCUGGUUAUCAAUAAUAACUCUUUGUGGCCGGUUCCCUAAGAAUAACCAACCACUAAGCAACACCCUGAGGCGACAGCACUCACUGUGCCAUUUUGGUUAACAUUGGAAAGUCCACAUCCAUACACACACACAAUACACACUACACACACACACAUUCACAGAGACAUAGCUCAGCACAAUGUUGGAUCGAUGUGAAAUGCCGAUAAAACUGGACAACGAGAAGCUGCGACGCGAUGUGCGUCUGUCCAGCUCGCGGCUGGACCUGCCACUGCUGUGCAAUGUGGGGCGACGCCUCGACGGGCACACGAACGGCAACGGCAACAGCAACAACAACAAUAAUGGCAGCAGCAACCAUGUAAACGAGCCUACAGCAAAUACACAGAACGGCAAUGGCAACAGCAGCAACAACAACAACAAUUUGGGCUCCCCCGUUUCCUGCUCGACCACAAACAGCGGCAGCGGCAACGAGCGCGGCUCCUCGACCAAGUCAAACAGCAGCAGUGGCAGCGGCAGCUCCGGCAACUCAGCCAGCAGCACGGGCAGUGCAGAGCUCAAAUGCAAUUCGCCCAUGACACCAUCAGAGCUUGUCAAAAAAUAUCGCAACUACUUGACUGAUCUGGAGUUCGAAGAGCUGAAGGUAUACAAAGAGGUCUGGUACUUUGGCCAGCAUGCCAGCAAGAACUACAAGCCCGCCCCGACAGCCAGCACCACAAAUCUGGGCUAUGACGAUGACAAUGGCAACUACAAGAUCAUUGAGCACGAUCAUAUAGCCUUUCGCUAUGAGAUUCUGGAGGUGAUUGGCAAGGGCAGCUUUGGCCAGGUGAUCAGGGCACUCGAUCACAAGACCAACACACACGUGGCCAUCAAGAUAAUCAGAAACAAGAAGCGCUUCCUCAACCAGGCCGUCGUAGAGCUCAACAUUCUGGACGAGCUGCGCGAAAAGGACGCCGAUGGAUCUCAUAACGUAAUACACAUGCUGGACUAUACGUACUUUCGCCGGCAUUUGUGCAUUACCUUCGAGCUGAUGAGUCUCAAUCUGUACGAGCUGAUCAAGAAGAACAACUACAACGGUUUCAGCAUGAGUCUGAUCAGACGCUUCUGCAAUUCGAUUGUCAAAUGCCUGCGUUUGCUCUACAAAGAGAAUAUCAUACACUGUGAUCUCAAGCCGGAAAACAUUUUGUUGAAGCAGCGCGGCAGCAGCUCAAUCAAAGUCAUCGACUUUGGCAGCUCCUGCUAUGGGGAUCGCAAAAUCUUUACCUAUAUACAGUCGAGAUUCUAUCGGUCCCCGGAGGUGAUACUGGGCCUGCAAUAUGGCACCGCCAUCGACAUGUGGAGCUUGGGCUGUAUCUUGGCCGAGUUGUACACGGGCUUUCCCCUCUUCCCCGGCGAGAACGAGGUGGAGCAGCUGGCCUGCAUUAUGGAGGUGCUGGGCCUGCCGCCCAAGGUGCUCAUCUCGGUGGCUCGCCGCAGCCGGCUCUUCUUCGACUCGCGCGAUGCGCCGCGCUGCAUAACCAAUACGAAGGGCCGCAAGCGGUCGCCGGGCAGCAAGUCGCUGUCACAGAUUUUGCACUGUCAGGAUCGCUAUUUCAUAGACUUUCUGCAGCGGUGCCUGGCGUGGGAUCCCGCGGAGCGGAUGACGCCCGAUGAGGCCGCCCAUCAUGAGUUCCUGCAGCCAUCGGCGUCGAGUCGGCAUCGCAGCUGCCGCAUGUCCACCAGCUCGUCCAGCUCGGGCCUGAACAGUGUCUCCCAGAAGUCUUCCUGCUACAACUUUGCAGAGAUCUCGCCGGGCAACGGGCCAGUGGUUGCCUCCAUAACGAGCACCACAGCCGUUAGCAAUGCGGCCAUCACGACCAAGUCCAUCACCAGCAGCAGCAGUUCCCGUCAGCCCCAUGGCCAUGGCCAUGCCCACGGCCACGCCCAGUCGAACGGCCACCUGCCCGACAUCAAGCUCAGCGCCAGCGACAAAUACAACAGCAUGCAGAAGGUGGCCGUGCGCUCCAAGAUCACCUCGAGCGUCUCCGAUCUGGAGUCGGUGCAGCAGCAGUACUCGCUGCAUCGCAUCUGCGGCGGCGUGGGCAGCGGCAGCACCCACCACGUUUCUUCGGCCGCCACCAGGAAGCAUCUAAAUGGCAGCAGCAACACGACCAACGGCAACAGCAACAGCAACAGCAACAGCAACGGCAACAUCAAUGGGAGCAGCAGCAGCAGCAAAUACGGCAGCUCAACGCUGGCGCACAAUCAUCACAAUGUGACGCAUCACAAUGCAUCCACGGCGACGAUUGCCACGGCCACGCACCAUCAUCAUCAUCAUGGCGUGGGCGUGGGCGUGGGCCAGGUGGGUGGCCAGAUAACAGGUGCCGGCUCCAAUGUGGCCAUGUCACACUCUCAGUCCACGGGCGAUGUCUCCGACCGGGCGAUCUUUGGGCGGGCUUGACUUAGGGCGCGGCCCACCAAGCUCGAGCUGAAGAAGUGCAAGCUGGUCAAUAUGAUGGACUUCUGGAGCUAGAAGUGGCGUCCACAGCAGUGCGCUGAUCUGCGGGAGGAAUAGUAGGCAG